CCACCCUUCCUCACCAAGACGUAUGAGCUAGUGGACGAGGCCAUCUCGGACCCGAUUAUCUCGUGGGGAGCCGACGGCCAGAGCUUCGUCGUGUGGAAGCCUGCCGAAUUUGCGCGCGACCUGCUGCCCCUGCACUUCAAGCACAACAACUUCUCCAGCUUUGUGCGGCAGCUUAAUACCUAUGGCUUCCGCAAGGUGGACCCCGACCGCUGGGAGUUUGCCAACGAGUACUUCCUGCGUGGCCGACGCGACCUGCUGGGAGACAUCCACCGCCGCAAG